AUCCUCCAGAUGCUGCGCUGCCAUGGGGCCUUUGGCGUCAAGAAUCCGUCAUGACCCACUGCCUGAGCGUUUGGAUGCAGUGGAGCCCUGCGUCAGAGCUUGGUUUGAAGAGCUGCAGCUGCGCUGUCAAGAGGAGAAAGAGCAAUACGCUGAAGCAGGCCAGACUCCUUCACCUCAAAAGUUGAAUUUUUGGGAUGCACACAUUGGACCAGAGAAUGUGGACAGCCAUACUUCCAGGUCCAGGCUUUUUUUGCAGAGUUUCGAUGACUUCCGCAGCAGACAGAACCUGUCCAAGGAGCAGCUACGCUUCGCUGUCCUGGUGCAACAUUUUGCGUCCCAAGAUACGAUGGAUUUUCGCCGGCCGCCCGAAAAGCGUAUGCAUGAUGAUGUCUUUGAAGGUAUCUUGACCAGCUCUGUCAAUGCUCAGCUGGUGACAGAUGCACACCGUGCGGAAUGGGCCAUCGAAGGAGACGGCUUCGUGGUGCCAAAGGCACAGAAUGAUGAGGACCAAAACAGCACGGGUCAGCAAUGA